CUUGGCCUACCCCCAAGCUGAAGUGGGUCGUCUUGGCACUCUUGGCCAAAGACCAUAAUAAUAUCAUCACAUACCAGUUGUUAGCCAGCCAUCGCCAUCUCUCAAUUUAUAGCAAUAAUUUCGAUAUUUUCUGUGGAAAAUGCGACUCGAACGGCUUGUGUCCUUUAGGAAAGAAUUAAGCCUGAUAUCACCAUGUCAUCGACUUAUGUCUGGCGGCGCCAACUGCACAACCCCCCAAACCGAUAGAAUUCAGUCAAUUCCAAUGGCGUACUCAUCAUACGAGUCGACCAAAGUGCCAUCGACGUGUCCACUCGUUGUGAUGCACGGACUGCUUGGAUCCAAAUCAAACUGGAGGUCGCUAUCAAAAAGUUUGCACGCCAAAACGGGCCGGAAAGUAAUUGCUGUGGAUGCACGAAACCACGGUGAUAGUCCACAUGACGACAAGCUCAGCUACGCUCACAUGGCAGAAGACGUCAGGGCGCUCCUAACCUCGCUCAACAUUGAUAAGAGUGUGCUGCUGGGCCACAGCAUGGGAGGCAGAACAAUGAUGCUUGCAGCACUGUUAUUUCCCGAACUGGUUCGAGGUUUAAUUGUUGUGGACAUCUCUCCAAUCGGAACAAGCAAAAGUAUUCACUUAAUCGGUGCUUUCCUUGAGGCUAUGAGAAAGGUGGAUCUUCCACCGAAUGUUCCGUUGUUGACAGCCAAGAAGAUGGCAGACAACCAGCUGAGUAAAGUUGUGCAUGAUAUUGGAAUUCGUCAAUUUUUGCUGACGAAUCUAGUCGAAACAGGAAACGGCGGCUGCAAGUGGAGGGUCAACCUUGACGUCCUGCAGAGGUGCUUUGCCAAACAAGUUGCUGAUUUUCCCCCUGUAAAUAAGGUGUACGAAGGACCCACACUUUUUAUUGCUGGCGCGCUGUCCGACUACAUUAGAGAGUCCGAAACUGAGGCUAUCAAAAAGAUUUUCCCAAAAGCAGAGUUUGAACGAGUCCAAGGUGCAGGCCACUGGGUUCACUCUGACCAGCCAUCAGAAUUUGUGCGGAUUGUGUCCGGCUUCCUCAACAAAUUAACCUAGACUGUGAUCAAUUUCAAACUGUUAUAUCCAUCUUGUGGUUACCCUACUGUAACUCGUUGGUCUUGUGAAUAAAACAUUCUUUAGCAAAGAA